CGGCGCGGUGUCCGAGCCGUAUUCCCCAGCGCGCCGCCGAAGUGUGGUGAGGGCUCUGCCAAUCGCGGGCGGGCAGAGCGGGGCCAGGGAUGCGCGGGGCUCGGAGCGCAGACAAAAGAAGUUAAAGAGCCGCUUAAUAUAUACAUGUUUUUGAAGGCGGGUAAAGGGAAAAAAAUAACAACAGCGAGCGUAGAUGGGCUUGGCUGUGUCGUUAUGGAGCCCCCUUUGAGCAAGAGGAACCCGACACUGAGAUUAGCGGAUUUGGCAGCGGCGCAGCCCCAUCCUCACCAGAACAUGACAGGCUUCCCGGGGCUGGGGAACCACCACGUCCACCCCCACCACGCGGCCCACCUCCACCCCGGGGACGCGGGCGGCGACCCCGGCGGCGCCCUCACGCCGCUCGGACCCGAGCACAUGGCGCAGCCCGCCGCCCUCAAGCUCACGCCCGAGGCGCUCACCGCCGCCGCUUCGCCGCGCCCGCCGCCACCACCGCCGCCGCCGCAGCCGCCACCGCCGCCGCCGCCACCACCGCCGCCGCCUACGCCGCCCGCCGCCGCCCUCCCGGGAUACCCGUCGGGGGAGGCGGCGGGCCGGGACUUUCUCCUGCGGCGGGAGCUGCCCGCCGCCGCCGCCGCCGCCGUGCACGGGGCGCUGGGCGAGCAGCACCCUCCCGCCGGCUCCCCCCACCUUCCGCACCCGCCGCCGCACGGCGUCUUCAUCUCGGCCGCCGGCACCUACGGCGCGACCGACGGGGCGCACGCCGCCUUCCCGCCGCCGCCGCCCGGCGAGCAGGGCGCGCCCGCCGGCCGCCACCCGCCGCUCAACGGGCAGAUGCGUCUGGGGCUGGCGGCCGCCGCCGCCGGGGAGCUCUACGGGCGCGCCGAGGCGCACUACGGGGCCGCCGCCGCCUCCUCCUCCUCCUCCUCCUCGGCGCUGCAAGGCUACGGCUCCGUCAACCUCAACCUGGCGGCGGCCGGGCACGGGCACCCGCACCACCCCCAUCCCCACCACCACCACCAUCACCACCACCACCACCAUGGCCACGUCGGGGCCGCGGCGGCGGCGGCGGCCGGGGCCUUCCUGCGAUACAUGCGACAGCCCAUCAAGCAAGAGCUGAUCUGCAAAUGGAUCGACCGGGAGCCGCCUCCUCCACCUCCGCCGCCGCCACCGGGCGCUAGGAAGCCUUGCUCCAAAACUUUCAGCACGAUGCAGGAGCUGGUGAGCCAUGUCACCGUGGAGCACGUCGGUGGGCCCGAGCAGAGCAGCCACGUGUGCUACUGGGAGGAGUGUCCCCGUGAAGGCAAGCCCUUCAAAGCGAAAUACAAACUCAUCAACCACAUCCGAGUACACACGGGAGAGAAGCCCUUCCCUUGCCCCUUCCCCGGCUGCGGGAAGGUCUUCGCUCGCUCUGAAAACCUCAAGAUCCACAAGCGGACUCAUACAGGGGAGAAGCCCUUCAAGUGCGAGUUCGACGGCUGCGAGAGGAAGUUCGCCAACAGCAGCGACCGCAAGAAGCAUUCCCACGUGCACACCUCGGACAAGCCCUACUACUGCAAGAUCCGCGGCUGCGACAAGUCCUACACGCACCCCAGCUCCCUGCGGAAGCACAUGAAGAUCCACUGCAAGUCGCCGCCGCCCUCCCCGCCGCCGGGCUCGCAGGGCUACGCGGCGGCGGGGCCCCCCGACGGCCCGCUGCCCCCCGAGGCAGAGCCGGCCGCCGAGCCGCCCCGGGGGCGCCGCGCCGCGCUCUCGCCGCCGGUCACCGACCUCAGCGAGUGGUACGUCUGCCAGGCCGGGGGCGCGCCCCGCCGGGCCCGCAGCCCCUCCAGCCGCGGCACCUCCCCGGCAUCCGAGGAGGAUGAGCCCCACAGGACCUCGGGGGGCAGAACUGCUCCCUAGGGCCGUGCCGAGCCGUGCCAAGCUGCCGGUGGCCCCGGCCCCACCGCACUGGCCCGGGCCGCAGAGGCAGCCACCUGGCACGGGGCGCUGCCGUGGAAGUGCCAUCAGGUUUGACUCGCGCUAUUUAUUCCAUGUA